AAAGAAUCAGUCCAGGACAACAACACAAAAGGAGCAAAACAAAAUCACAGGGACCAAGAACAAGACUCCCGUCACCAUCGAAGUGAAGGCGGUCCCACGCAACAAGCGUGAAUAAGUGUUGCCCAGACAUCCGAUCACAAAAGCACCCGAGGCAGACACAAUAUCCGGUCUCGUAGGCAGAAUGGCACUGAUGGCACGGUUGGCAGUAUAAGAGCAGCACGAGAAGAAGACCAUGAUCACAAGUUGCUUGCGAGAGUGCCACGUAAAGAUGCUUUGCAGGUUAGAGAGCGAUGACGAAGUCGAGUACAGUGGCACCAGAAACAGCAUCGUCCACCAAGGAAAAGGCUGCCGAGCCCAGGACCAGCCAGGAUCGCGGAAGCAGCCCUUGAUGAUGUGCUCAGACUCGAAACUUUUCCCAGUAACAGCCAGGACUCCGCUCAGCAUCUGGCCAGCGUCA